AUGGACAAUACAUAUUUAGAUGUGACAGCUGGAUACGUUGACGAAUGUAGAAUAACGCAAAUUGAUUAUCACUCGUUUUUACCUUAUUCCACAUCCGCUCUCUCUAAUAACGAUGAAGUACGUAUUGCUUUACAUAACACAGAAUGCUAUACUCUACCAUGCGAGAGUUAUAUUUACAUCGAGGGAACAAUAACCAAGCCUGCAGAAAUAACUGAUGACAUUCGAUUUAUAAGCAACGGGCUGGCGUUUCUUUUCUCCGAAAUGAAAUAUGAGAUAAACGGAAUUCAAAUUCAAAAACUCGCUAAUCCAGGUAUAACGACUACAUUAAAAGGAUAUUGUUCUUAUAAUAAAUCGAAUAUUACAUCGCACCAUAACGCCGCUUGGGAUAAUGACUUUGAAAAUGUUAAUAAAGAUUUUAUUGACAGUAAUAUGUUUAACGGUUGUAUUAAUCUAAAAGAUUUGUUCGGUUUUUGUGAAGAUUAUAAACGUAUUUUAAUAAACUGCAACCAACAACUUAUAUUAAAUAGAGCUUCGAUAGAUAUAAAUGCCAUUAAGCAGUACUCAAAUAAUAAAGUUGUCACAGAUGCGCCUAAACUAAAAGACGUUAAAAUAAAUAUAACGAAAAUAUUAUGGCGUAUGCCUAUAGUAAAAGUUAGUGACAAAGAAAAAAUUAGAUUGUUGAAAGUAGUAAACAAUCAAAAGCCACUAACAUGUGCGUUUAGAUCGUGGGAGUUGUGCGAAUAUCCGUUUUUACCUCAAAACACAUCGCAUUCAUGGAAAGUUAAAACAUCCAACAAAUUGGAAAAACCACGAUAUGUUAUCAUAGGAUUUCAAACUGAAAGGAAAAAUAGUCCAAGUAAAGCAAUGUCAUUUUUCGACCAUUGUAAAAUUAAAAACUUGAAGGUUUAUUUAAAUGCUGAAGUAUUCCCCUAUGAAGAUUUCCAAUGCGACUUUACAAAGAAUAAAAUUGGUACAUUAUACCACGCAUACACCGAGUUUCAAAAAUCUUACUAUGGAAAUGACAAUGUUACACCUCUAUUGUCCAGAUGCGAUUUUAAAAAUCUUUCACCGAUUAUAAUUGUUGACAUGAGCAGACAGAACGAUAACAUAAAAACACCAACUGUCGAUCUCAGGAUUGAAAUUGAAACCGAUGUAGCUUUUCCCGCUUCCACUUCAGCUUAUUGUUUAAUAUUACACGAUCAAAUUAUAACUUAUAAUCCAUUUAAUGGAGAAGUGAGAACCUUGUAA